ACAUUAUGCGUUGGUAAAAAAAAAGUUUAAGAAUGAGAGAGAGUGUAUGCCAUGCAGUUAGUUGUAGAAAGGAGGUUGUGGUUUUCGGUGUGUUCUCUACCUUUCUGUGCCGGGCAAGCUGCUUAUUAGGCUGUUGCGUGAUAAUGGCGUGCUAGCCCGAUGUUGCCGAUGCUCAGUGGCAGUAGCUGCUCAAGUAUUCGCUCAUCAGCGACAUGCGUGGCAUGCUGGCAUCGGCGCAUCAGCAUGCAUAGGUAUUCAAUGGUAGCGACGGAAGCUUCGCCGUUACCACUGGUCGCGGUGUGUGUUGCUUCCGUGCAGCUGCAAUCUGAGUUAUUACUAUUUGCAUACGCCAGCGCUGUUAGCAUCGAGGGGCCGUAAUUCGUUAGGAUCUAUUUCAUUUUCCAUUGUCGUUUACGCCGAUACAACACUCUGAUCCCGGCGGUAACACAUGCGUGCCGGCGUUCUAGCAAUGACGACAAGCGCAAAGAAUGUAACAUCAAGUAGAGUGUUAUAAAGUGCUGCCCCAAUGUCUGCUGCUCACGAACGUGCUAAGUCUUUGUACAUAAUUGACGUGCACCGAAGUCUUUGUAAACACGAUGACCGCAAUUCUUCCUAAAGUAAUAAAGCGAAAGAAAAAAUCCAAUUGAGAGCACGACUAGAAAGUAUGUUUCGGUUUUCCUUCCUUUUUUUUUUUCUUCAAUAACUGGUUUUAUGCCUCAUUAUGUAGUGCUUCAGCAUCUAAGGCACCUUUUUUCGGCGUCAAACGUGUUGACGUUUUCGGUUCUAAUUUUCUGUGCAGUGCCUCCACUAGUUUGUAUCCUUUAUUUUUGGCAAUGUAUAGAAAUAGAGCCGCAACGCUGGUAACUGGCACUUACAACGGUAUCAUUUUUCCUUAGCUGUUACUGAUCCGGAACUCCGCGUGUUUCUGACAAACCUACGUUCGGUUUCGCAGACACCGCAGGACACCGACCGCAUCAUAUGAUUCGUUCUCGUUGCUCUGCCAUGCAGCAUCCGCGGAUGAUCAAUACUGCGCAUGACCGUAUCCAUCCAGUCGCCCUAGCCAAAAUGGCGAGCGUUUGGCGUUCACGAGACCUUCUCGCCCCGAAACCUUCCUUGUUCCCUUCCGUUUUACUGUCGACCUUCGCGUUUCGUUUGACAUGCAAUCGGUGAUCUCGACUCCCUGUUUCAUCACAGGCCCGGGGGUAUUGCAAGUGGUGACUGUAGGAAGUAUUUUAGCAGUGUCGACGAAUCACAUCGACUUGGUUUUGCCGGGGAUCCCUGGAAAUGUGUGAGUGCGUUGACUGAGCCUGAUCAUUGCUACGGAGUCGUCUCAAAUUUGACACUGUACCAUUCGUGGAAAUGAAAAAUACAUAUAUAUUGCUUGGUGAAGAGGUAAAAUGAGGUUUGUACACCUAAAGUAUGACAAUUGCACCUUUUCCUUUUUGAAGUCAGUGAAGAGAGAACCAGAGCUAUGGGUAGCAGCUGUUCUUCUGCACAAAAGAAGGACAAGGAUCGUUCCAAGAAGAAGAAAAAAGGCAGUUGUUCUCCUGAAGGAAGGCGGCGCAGUUCAGUGCGCUCCACCGACAGCCUACCCUAUGGCAAGGAGUCCACACCACCACCUUCGCGAUCUGACCCAUCCGUUGCUGCUACUGCUGGAAUUACAGCACCCCCUUUAGCUCCAGUUGACACCUCUUUAACAGAAGUGCAGCAGAAUAGUGGCUCCCUUGCAUCUCCAGCUCCUCAGGUCACAAGCCCAACACCAGGCAGUGACACCUUCUCGGAUGACGGGUUGCCGUGCUUGCAGUCGUUCCCAGAUGAUGUGCAGGCACUGUUGCUUGGCCGGCUGGGUGCUGUGCCUGCAUCCUUGUUGGCUGCUGGCAGCCGGCUUAUCAGCCUUUACAUCUGUUGUGGUCUGGCUGACAUGGAGGCUGAGCGCACACACUUGGAACAGCAUAUCUACCCCAGUGUGCGUGCCUAUGCUGCUGACAAAGGCUACGAUCUCAAUGUGGUGGACCUCCACUGGGGCGUCCAGGUGGAGGCCAUGGAUCGCGAGACCUUUGCACAUCUUUGCCACCUGACCAUUACACGACUGCGCACACAAGGCCACUUUCUGGCACUGGUACUUUUGAAUGAAAAAUUGGAAAAUCAGCUACCACACAUCUUACCUGCAAGCUUGCCUAGCGAUGUGCUGAUGUGUGUUAUUGAUGCUGUGGAGUCGCCAGAACAGAGGCAGCUGCUCCUGGAUUGGUACAUGGAAGACUUGAAUAGUGUCCCAAAGUGCUAUAGACUUCGUGCUAUACGUGAGCAUAUACCAGACAUUGUGUCUGUGAAUCCCUCAGCACAAACUGCUGCUCUUGAAUUGUGGCAAAAGCAGGCGUCACAAAUGGUGGAUGCAUUGAGAUCUACUCUGUCUACAGAACAGCGUGGAAAGUACCUUGUGUCAGUGGUGGAAGAAGAACUGGAAGCUGCUGUGUUGACUGAAAGUCAGAAACCACUUUGUUGUCUCUGGAUGGAGCGAAGGUUCACUCACAGGGGACCCCAGCGGAGCAACAGUGUUGUUGGCACACUAGUGGAACCAGCUGAGAGCACUGGUCCCGUCGACCUUUCUGACUCAAAACGGUACAACCUAGUCAGGGCUCAGCUGGAGGACAGGCUUCCCGAGUCACAGAAGCUGGUGCUACGGGUUAAGUGGUCAAAGGGAGGGCCCAGUGCCGAGGAAAAUACUGAGUAUUUUGACGAACUAAGCACUACGCUUAGCCGGGAUCUGAAAGCCAUGGUGGACACUGUUGUUGAAGAAGAUGAAAGUGAUGAAACAACUCGACCAUGCCGAGGAAUAGAGCAGCAGCUAUAUGUGGAGCUGGUGCAGCAGGCGCAGACAUGCCUGUCGCUUUCGGAAACCUUGAUAGGACGAACAGAGAAGCUUGUUCAGCUGGAGAAGUAUCUUCGGAGCAAGCUGCGCCAUCCAGUCGUUUUGCAUGGUGUCAGAGGCAGUGGCAAGAGCACUCUUCUUGCCAAGGUGGCUCAGAUGUGCGAGACCUGGGUGCCUGAUGCACCUGUCAUUGUGCGCUUUGUGGGCACUUCACCUGAUUCAGACACCCAGCAGCAGCUACUGCGAAGCAUUUGUGAGCAGUGCUGUGCACUCUAUGGAAUGCACACAAUAUUCGCAUCCAAGAGUAUUGCUGAGCAGCGGGAGGUACUAGGCAUUCUCUUGGACAAGGUGUCAUCUCAUAGGCCCCUCAUCAUCCUCCUUGAUGGAUUGGACCAGGUGACCAAGCAUAGUGCUUGCACCUUUGACUGGCUACCAUCUGAAUUGCCUCCCUAUGUCAAGGUUGUGCUUACAGUCCGUGAUGGAAGCAAAGAACUCGAUGGCCUCAAGGCUAAACUCAAGAAUCAGGAGCAAUGUUUUAUAGACUUGGGACCCUGUGGUGUAGAGCAAUGCAAGAACAUUUUCCGCAAAUCUUUGGAAAGACGUAGCAGAACUGUGAGUGCUAAGCAAUUCGAAAGUGUUAGUGCAUCAUUACAGCAGUCACCAAGCCCUCUAUUUGCCACACUUCUAGCAAGCGCUGUGUCACACUGGCGUGGAACAGAUGAACCCUCCAUAUUUCACUCUGAAGCCGAAGUAGUGUCUUUCCUUCAUGAUCAACUAAAGGAGGUGCAUCCCAAAGUCACAUCCUUAGUAUUGGGACUCUUGAGUGCCUCACGCCACGGACUUUCUGACAAAGAAAUUAUUGAUGUGGUCUCCUCAAAUGAAUUGCUGCUUGCUGAAAUGCCUCUCUUGCAUCGCAAGAGACUACUGACACAAUGCCCAUUUGCUGUCUGGGCCUUGGUGCGAGUGGGCUUGGACAAUUUUCUAAGGGUCAGGGUUGUGGAGGGUUACGUGCUCAACACAUGGUGUAGUGAUUCAUUUCGGACGUUGUGCACAGAACACCACCCAAGUUUGGAGGCUACUCACAUGUGCACACUGGCACUCUUCGACUAUUUUCAGUCUGUCUCAAGCACGGAUGUCUUAUCAAUUACAAGUGCAAAUGAAGCAGACAAAGGGAGUCAGUGUGUUCUCCCCCAUGUCCCCAAAAAUGCUGUUUUUUCGAACCGACGAAAACAUAAUGAGCUGCCUUUCUACUGUCUCCAUCUCAACUAUCUGGCACGUGAAAAUUUGGCAAGUGUUGAUACACUUUUGUCAAGACUUCAGGUGGCUAAUGGCCCAGCUGGUGACAGUGUGCCUGUAAAAUGCAGUGACAGUAGUGACAGCAGUGAAGCUCUUGGACAGAUUGUUCGGAGCCAAUUUCUGCUGAAUCCUGAGUGGCUACAGAUAAAGGUCUGCUGCUGUGACCCCUACUUUCUGCUUGAAGAGCUCGACAUGUUCCUGAAGUUGAAUCCUGCUGACACAGAGUGUGCUAUGCUUCGGGAACUGGUUCAGUUGUCCAGCUAUGCAUUGCGCUACGAUGGAAGGCAAUUUGCAGCGCAUGUAACAGCACGGUUUCGAAAGAUAAUUGCCAGUGAAGCAUCUGGUCUAAAAUUUCCCCAUCUAAAGAACCUCUAUGAAAUGGCACGUCGGUUUCCCUCUUUGGUGCCAGUCAGUGACUAUCUGCGCGAACCAUCCAAGGAGCCAGUAUCAACAGCUUCACAUGAAGAGGAGAAGGGCCGAACAUUGGGGCAGCUGUACACCAUCAAAGGUGAUGCCAGUCACAUGGUGUCGCUCAACCGCAGUGACCUGUUAGUGUGGGAUGUGUUUGGUGAGAGCAUCGUGCGGCGCCUUACCGGCUUGUCGGAGCCCCGGGACCUCAAAAUGGUGGACCGCUUCCGUGCCUUAGUGCUCUGCAACCGGGAACUUAAGGUAUAUUCGCUAGAUGAAGGCCGCCUCCUGGUGAAAUUGAAAGGGGUUAUGAACCAGAAGAUGGCGUACUUUGGUUUGCACAGCCAGGACUAUGUGGUGGCACUUUCCAGGAAUCGUAUGUACGUAAAUAUGCUCAACCUCAGCAGUGGAGACUUGGAGACUACCUUCAAGGUGGGCGAGGACAGGUUUCUCAACAGUCUUCUGGUCAGCGGCAAUGGCAAGAUAUGUGUAUGUGGGGAUGAGACACAAAAGCCAUUCCCAUUACUUGUUUGGGACCUGGCCAAUCGAAAACUACUCUAUGACCUUCGUAUUCCACACCAUGAAUUUAUUACCCGCCUUUCAGCCAUAAGUGGUGAUGGACACUACGUUGUUUGUGUCUGCAGGGAGCUGAGUGACAGUGCACCAAAUUUCAUCAUUGUCUAUGACCUGCAAAGUGGGACAUUGUUCAAAAAAUGGAAGCCUGAACGAAACAGCUGCAGCAUUGCCAUUUCCUCUCAAGGUGGCUGUGUUGUCAAUGGGCUUGACAAUUGCUUUGUCCUUGUGUGGGACCUUGCUACAGGAGCAAGAAGGUACACAUUAAAAGGCCACAAUGCUCCUGUAGAUCAAAUUCGCCUUGAUGAAUCUGGUUUCAAGUCACUCACUUACAACUCAGAUGGCAUUGAUCGAAGUGUUCGUGUCUGGGACGUCAUGAAAGGGGAGUGUUUGGCAGUGUUCACACCUGAUUUGGCCGUGACCUGCUGUGAACUGACCCUGGAUGGAAAAGCAGUAGUGAUGGGGCUGGAAGGACACGAUCGUGUCUUCUGUCAUCUGCUGCACGAAGGCGACCAGAGCCCAUCACAGUCUUGUCCUGCAUCAAACACUUAUGGCAACGUCAGCAACUGUGGCAAAGUCUUUGAUGUCAGCCAACAGGGCUGAGCUGCUGUUUAGCCACUGCCUCUGUUACCAACUCAUGAAAGCGGAGCCCUUGUGCACUUGCAUCUGCUACUCAAGGUACUCUCCCAGAAGCAGUCAAGAAGCACAUCUACGUUAUUGACAACUGUGCAGGUCAGCCAUUGAAAUAUUCCUUUCAUAGUGCAGCUUAUUGUGGUGGAAGCCUCUUGGAAGAAGUGAGCUUUUCAGGAAGACCCAACACUAUGUUGCUUUCUUUUUAAUGUGGCCCUUUAGUAGUAGGCUGAGUGUGAGUUGAGGUGUGUGGACUCAAAAUGAAGUGCUAUGUGAAGCAUAGAAAUCAUCUCCUACAGGUAUGCCAACUUUUACUGCAUUAGCGCAUAACUGGUGCCUGACAUUUGAUUGCAACUUAGGCUGAGUAAUUGAAAUACUGAUAUCUCACCACUACAUUUUUUUCUUCAUCAGAAAAAGAAAAGAUCAUCUGUCAAGUGAAAUGCCCUUGCUCUUUUUUAUUAGAAUUUUAUUAGAAGUAGAUAAGCAUUACAGUGCAACUUUAUUUAUUAUAUUGAUCUCAUUUGUUAGUAAAAUUAAAACUAAAUAUUGACAUAUUGCGACUUCAUUACUGUUAAGUUAAAUUUGGUGCCUGUAACCCACAGUGUGCCCAUGAUCUGGAUCCUGUACGAGCUCGGAGACCUCAUUUAAAUAGCUGCUCCAUUGUAUAGCUUAAAAUGCAAAAAUGCUUCAUAUGGUAGGUGAAGGCAAUCAUUUUUUUCUAAUACCCCCCAAAUGUUGCUUUAAACCUUGGAACCUGUAGGUCCAACCUGUGAAGCACAGCCAAAUGAGCCAUAAGGAACACAUCCAAGCAAAAAUCAUACUAAUAAUUACAGUGAACAGACUCAAAAUAGUUGUUCUGUUGAUACAUGCUUGUGAACAGAGUUCCACAGCAGUGGAGGAUGUUGCAAAAAUGUGCCACUUGAUUUUUGCACUGCCUCUAAUUCUUAGUGCAUGGAUGCAUAGCGUACAAUGCGUACAGGGUUAAACCUAAAAGAAAUUGGUGUUAAGUUGGAGGUCCGAAUGAUGCAAAAGCUUGAUGUAGGCUGCGAGUUAAAGGAAAAGGAAAUGUCUACAGCACAUUUGUGUGCAAUAUGAUUUUAUUUCAAAUCCUGUUUCAUGAGUGCUAGUGAAAAGUUCAAUGCCACUUUUAACAUUAGGGUCAUUUACAUUCUGUAUUUCAGCAGGCAGUGCAAGGAGAGUUCACAUGCGAACUAUGCCAAUCCCCCUUUUCAAAUAAUUGAACUUAGCUGGAGGAAACUACUUUUGGGGUAGUCUUUGGAAUGUAACAAAAAUUUUGGAUGUCUUAAUGGAAAUUUAUAUUUUUCAUGCCAAGAAUCCAUCAUGGUAUGUUUAAUUUUAUUAUAUGUUGGCCCCCCAACAUUCAUAUGGACAAUCACUCAAAUGAAAGCAUUAAAAUUGGCUUAUGCUGGUGCAGUGAAAUUGAAACAAUACUAUAUACAGGCUUUUUUUAAUUUUCUGCCCAUAAACACCAAGCACUUGUGUUGCUUUGCUUGAUAACACUAGACAUAGCUUACUUUGCAACAGGACAGUUGACCUCUUUUUAGCUUGAGUUAGUGUAGUAUCUGACUUUCACUGUGAGAGGCCAUUCUAGCUACCGAAAGACAUCACGAGCCAGGUAUUAUUAAAAAAAUAUUUUCAUUCUCUCUUUGUACACUUGCAGUACAGAAAGAACAAACUUUACGCCGAUUACUCUGGCCAUGACCUGCUCUUGAAUGUAAUUGUUAAAAGUUUCUGGUAAGGGCAUGUUAUAAUAUUGGUUUGUGUUAGAUAAAUGCCCAAAGAAAGUGCUAGCUAGCGCUCUAGUGUGUUUUCCAGGGCAUUUGCUCAUUUUUUACCAUGACUUGCAGCUGUGGCAGUGGAUAACAAACUUUUUUCACUUGCAGUUUUAUUUCAGUCAGUAUUUUAGUCAUUUUAGUCAAGUGGCUGGUAGAAGCACUUAUUAAGCGAUAUAAAAAACUUAAAUAUUCUGCACUUACUCACUUAAUGAAGAUGAGACAUUACAAUUUACAGCAUGGUCAUGCUGAGAGCAAAAAUGCAGGAAUGAAAAUAUUUAAAAAAAUUUACUUCUUUAGUUUGUAAGAAAUAUCACAGUGACAAAACUGUGCUAUAUUUUUUUUUGUUGCCAGGCUAAUGUAAAUAUGCAUGUUUUUUCAUGCCACAAUAUCUUUAUAAUAAAUGAGAAGAAAGGGAACCGAGGGUCUCAAUUUUUUGUUAGCCACAAUCAUAAGAAGCCAACAACAGACAAUGACACUAAGGAAAGCAUAGGGGAAAUUAUUUGUAGUUUUUAAUUGAACUGUAGAAAAUGAUAAAUAAAUGGAAAUGGAAGUGGAUGGAAGAAAAACUGGCCACAGGUGGGAUACAAACCAAUGUCUUUGCAUUACAUGAGCAGUGCUCUUAACUAGUGAGCUACCACAGUGCUGUUUUCCUGUCCACUUUCUGGAGUAUUUAUGUGUGUACUAGAACUAGCUAAAUUUCAAUUUAUUUAUCAUUCUCUAAAAUUAAAUUAAAAAAUUGAAUAAUUUUGCAUAUGCUUUCCUUGGUGUCACUGUCUGUUGGCUUCUUAUGAUAAUAUCAUUAUAAAGACUGUCAGUCACUUUUAUUCCAAUGAAUUCUGUGUCACAGUGAUUCACUCACACUAAUGAGUUCUCUUUGUUAAGCUAAUGAAAACUAAACACAUUCAGGCACACUAGAGUAUGUAUCACAGUGAAGAAUGAACGUUCAUGUCCCUGUUUACACUGCAUACUUUUUUGUGCACUUCUCUGCAGCUGGUAGUAUCAACAUAUGAAAAAAAAAAUAUAAUGUGUUGAUGAGCUCUGUUCACUCAUGAUCAGCUUUUUCUUUAUUCAGCUAUGUUUAUCAUUGGAUAAAGGGGACAAUACAUUUUACAGCUGUCCCAUUUGUACUACCUUUAAUAUCCAAUGCAAGGAUUAUUUGACUGCUGACAGGUUACAAGCUAUGAUUGAAGCUAAUGCAUAGGCAGUCCAUUUAAGUAGAAAAACGAAUUCUCACAUGUACGCAUUCUAUAGUUCAACAGAUACAAAGUGAGCUCAGCAUGGAAGACAAGGACACAAGAAAGAAAGACACAGACAUGGUGCUGCACUGUGUGUGUCAAUCUUUCUGUGUCCUCGCCUUCUGUGCUGUGCUUGUUUUGCAAUGAAUUGCCAACUAGCCCAAGCCUGUACACUUUUUAACCGAUAUGUUUGGUUUCUAAGGUAUACUUCCCAGUUUCAGUCUAAUUGUGUGUUUUAUUGAGCUCUCUGGAAUGACUGCUGUGUAAAAAAAUGAAAACAUAGGUAUUAUGCAAAUUAUUUACUACAGUUUUAAUGUGUGUGUGGCAGUUGUGUGCACCCUUUGUCUGUUAAACUCCAGCUAUGUGUGAUUUUUGCAUAAAUGCGCACCACAGCAGGCUGUAGAAGUGACAAUAUUUUAACCUAAUCAUCUCGGAUGUGUAUUUGUCAAUAGGUCAACAAAACUUCAGCUCCAUCUUUGUCAUGAAUGGGAAACUGCUGGAGAUUGCCAAGCUGGAAAGUGGCCAACAAAAUGUAGGGUGUUGGUGUGUGAUUUUUCGAUCUAGUCUAGAAUCAGCAUUGUUUUGUCAAUACAAGAACAUUCAACUGACAACAGCCCCUGAAGCACUGGUAGCUGCAUAUGCAUACAGCCCUGCCAGCUUGGGCCUUAACUAAACGCUCAAGCUUUGUCAAGGAACCUAGGCGUUUCUGGAGGCCAAUUAAUUUAAGCAACACUAAAAAGCAAGAUGCAACCAGAGCAGUGAAAUAUGAGGUGCUGUCUGCAGCAUAGCCAAGUUAUCACCUAACUGUAGACAAGUGGUUGUCACAGGGAGGUGCACAUAGACAAAAGGCACAAAGUGGCUACCGUCUGUAAUGGGGUUGGCAGUGGUAACACCAGCUGUGUUGAAUGUGUGAAAAGAAACGCUGACAAAGGUGUUUCCUUGUACCAAAGUACGAUGCUGUCUGUGUGUGCUGCUUAAUUCUUGUGUGCCAUUGAACUUGUACAUAACAGCAUGACUGAUCCAUAAUCCUGUUUCGCGAAUAGGUUAUGGAUACAUAUAGUUUAAAUGUGUAUUAUUUUCCAGUCUCGUGGCAGGUAAACCUAACUUAUACAAUAUUGUUGUGUUUUUGUUUUUUUCACAGGAUAUUCUUAUGUGUACACACAUAUGUACAGUGGCCUGUGUUUUUAUUCUAUCAACUUUAAAAGCAGAUUUUGCAUUUACCACUGUUUUGUUUUUGCUCAGGUUUCUCAGAAAGAUUGCAUUUUUUCAGUCUGAAUUGCUCAGUAAAAUGCUUGGAAUCUUUGCUUGACUGGUUCCUCCUCCCUCUAAAAAAGAACUACCAUUAUGUAUGCACCACACCUUGCCACUAGAGAAGCAAGCCACUGCAGCAGAGAUGUGGACUGGUUUCACUGCCUGUAGGCAACUAAAGGUCAUUACAAACCAGCCAAACAAUGAUGCCAAAUGUUUUAUUGGAUGAUGCAGACCAAUAAAUGCAAUCUUGUUGCAGUAUUUGAGCAAAAACAAAGCAGCAGUAAGCCAAAAACCUUCUUUUAAAGCUGUUACAAUAAUAAUGAAUGUCACUAUAUAUACAUAUAUACAUUCAUAUUUGCAUAUAUAUAUGUACAUGUGUACACAUACACAUUGAAAAACUUGUUGCAUUUGCACUUCUUUGAGCUUUUCUGGUUGUAUACCUUGUGCUAACAGUGUGCUCCUUUCCACUGCUGCUGCAAUGUCAAAGGAGGCACAUUACUAUCAUACUGGUCAAGCCAGAGACUUAGUACCUAAGGUGUUUGUAUUAAAGGGAAGCUUCUGUUUUCCUUUUAACUACAUGUGUUUCAAAUAAACAUUAAAAAGAAGUGUUCUUCCAGGA